GCGAACGGGACUGCCUACGCGCUAGGCGCUCGGGGACGCCGUGAGGUAGGCAGUCGCACCGUACAGCGGCUGCGAACGGGACUGCCCAUGGACCUGGCACACCGCUGUUUAACCGCUUCGACUGCUUCUAGGGGUGUCUCAAACCCACGCACGCUGUCAAAUAUUACCAGCUAGCUACGGCGGAGCACUAGAAUGUGUCGCUUGGACGUAGCCUCGGUCGCGAAUAGAAAGAAGUAGUGACUUUACGCUCUGUUAACGUUCACUCCGUCUGUCGCAUCGGACAAACAGGUGGAGGCGCACAUCUCAUCCAUGAACCGUGGCGACUGCUUCAUCCUGGACGCCAACCACGACAUCUACGUGUACGUGGGCAAGGGCGCCAAGCGCAUGGAGCGCAUCCGGGCCAUCAGCGCGGCCAACAUGAUCCGCGACCAGGACCACGGCGGCCGCUCCCGGGUGCACAUCGUCGACGAGUUCAGCGACCAGGGCGAGGUGGACAUUUUCUUCGAGAAGCUCGGCUCUGGCUCUGCCGAGGAGGUGGCCGACGAGGAGUCGGGUGGCGAGGACGAGGAGUUUGAGAUCAACGAACAGGAGGAGAUCACGCUGUUCAAGGUGUGGGAGGACCAGAGCGAACGGGUGAACGUAGCGAAGGUGGCGCAGUACCCUUUCAAGCACGGGCAGCUGGACAGCAACGUGAGUGAUUGCUUCGUGCUGGACGCGGGCACGGCGGGGCUGUUCGUCUGGAUAGGGCGGCACUCGAGCAAGAACGAGAAGGUGCAGGCCAUGAACCGCGCGCAGGUCUUCCUCAAGGAGCACAAGAGGCCGUGGUGGAGCAAGAUCUCCAGAGUGGUGGAGGGCGCCGAGCCGGCCGCCUUCAAGCAGUACUUCGUGGACUGGAGGGACGCGAGCGUCAUGCCCGCCGCACUCAACCACGUGUUCUCGGCCAACAGACUCAACGCCGUGAUGGAGGAGGCCGCGGAGCUGCCCGCCGAGGAGCUGCGGCGCCUGGUGAAGGCCCAGGGCCCCGCGGUCGGGUUCAUGCCCGACAAGGGCACGGGGCACGUGGAGGUGUGGCGCGUGGAGGACUUCGAGCUGCAGCCCGUGCCGAGGGACACGUACGGCAGCUUCUACGGCGGCGACUCGUACGUCGUCAAGUACGACGCGCAGGCCGGCGGCAAGGAGCGCCACGUCAUCUACUUCUGGCAGGGCGAGACCAGCUCGCAGGACGAGCGCGCUGCGGCCGCCAUGCACUCCGUGCGCCUGGACGACGAGCUGGGCGGGCGCGCCAUCCAGGUGCGGGUGGUGCAGGGCCACGAGCCGCGCCACUUCCUCUCCAUCUUCCAGGGCCGCAUGAUCGUCUACCUGGGCGGCCACCACAGCGGCUUCCGCAACGCGCGCGAGGCCAGCAUCGACGAGGCGGGCUGCUCGCGGGGCGUGCGCCUGUUCCGCGUGCGCGGCACGUGCACGGAGGACGUGCGCGUGCACCAGGUGCCCGCGCGCACCGAGCACCUCAACUCGGACGACGCCUUCGUGCUCGAGACCCCCAACGAGCUGUUCAUAUGGUUCGGCCAGGAGUCGAGCCCCGCCGAGCGCCAGGCGGCCGUGGCGGCGGCCAAGCUCGUGGCGCCCGGCCGGCAGCCCAAGCAGGUCAACGAGGGCUCCGAGCCGGACGCCCUGUGGAACGCGCUGGGCGGCCCCGGCGAGUACACGUACUCGGGCCACCACUCCCAGCACCAGCACAUGCCGGCCAGGCUGUUCCACUGCCAGAUCACCGUGCGCGGCAAGUUCAGAGUCAACGAAGUCGACAACUACAGCCAAGACGAUUUGGCCGAAGAUGAUGUGAUGGUCUUGGAUUCUGGUGAUGAAGUCUACGUGUGGGUUGGUAACACGGCAUCCCAAAGAGAAAAGGAACUGAGCUUGAAAAUGGCUGAGGAUUACCUUAAGAUGUCUCCUAUACACAGACACAGAGCAACCAUCAUCCAAAUCAAACAAAAUGAAGAACCAGCAGGCUUUACUACCCUAUUCCCUGAAUGGGAUGAGGACUUCUGGCAGGUACAAAAAAGAAAUAAGUAGAUGAGUAAUUGUAGUGCACUAACUGAAUUUGAGCUGAUUUAUGUGGAAUAUGAAUGUAAAUAUCCUAAAUUUGCCUGUGCAGAUGCUAUGCCGCAUGCUUAUUGUUGUGCAUGUUAGUGUUCCUGUUUUGCUAAUAAAAAUGUGUAAUGUUGAAAGAACUUUUAUAGAUUUUUUUUU